CCUUCAUGCCUUAUGUUUAAUAAGCAGAUGCAGAUUAUCAUGAAAUGAUCAGACAUGCCAUCAUCAGUUACAUUUACUGCAGACUGUUUGGAUGUGAGGGACAAAACAACAACUUGACAGAAGGAACUGGUCCAGGUCACCGAGGGCUCGGAGCUGUCAGAGGUUCAUCUCUGAAGAAUGGGAGAUUUACACAAGUACAACACUUCACACAACAACAGCUCUGAUCCCAGCAACUUCAUCAACAACUACAACAAUUAUAUUAAUGACCUUUUGUCCAGCUUAAAUGUGGUGACAUACAUAAUCAUUGGCAUCGGCCUUCCUUUGACCCUGGUGGCCAUCUAUGCUCUUUUUUCUCAGGUGAGAAAUGAUAACGUCGCUCCCAUCUACGUCAUCAACCUCCUCAUCUCUGACCUCAUCCAGUUCUGCUGCAUGAUUGCUGUCAUGGUGCCACCUGAGGACAGUCUCCCGGCGCUGAUCAAAGGCCAUACUCGGUUCGCCAGUGUUGGCUUCAUGGUGUGUAUCGCCAUGGAAAGGUAUUUGGUCAUCGUCUUCCCACUGUGGUACCGCUUCAGACGAACCAUCAAGACCUCUGUGCUGGUCUGCGUCGUGGUCUGGGUCCUUCCUCUCAUCUGUACCCUCCCUAAAUUAAUCUGCAGUUCUGCUAAUGCCAGCUUAAUCGCAGGCAUCUUUUUACUUCUUCCCCUCCCACUGCUCAUGUUCUUCGUGGGUGGGACCCUCAGAGCUCUGUCUGCCUCCAUCUCGGUCCGCUCUGAUGAAAAACGACGAAUUGCAGGAAUGUUGGUCCUGGUGCUGCUGAUUUACAUCCUGCUGUUCCUGCCCUCCAUCAUUUUCUGCAUGGCAAAAGAACUGGUUGAUGACACUGUUUCAUCACUGUCUCUUGUGUUAAUCAGGUUGUGUCCUCUUGCAGAUUUAGUUCUGUAUGUUUUCAUGAGGAAAGGGACCACACACAGUCUCCUGGCCUCUGUGCGGUGUUGCAGAAUGGACAGCAAUGAAAUCAGAAGUCCAGCAGUAGCAGUGGUGAUGACGUGUCCACUGUCAGCUUCACGUAGCCAGAGACAGACAGGGACAGAGACAGAGACAGAGACAGAGACAGGGACAGGGACAGAGACAUGCAGGCAGAAAGGACAGAUUCUGUCUGAUAAGGUUUCCAGUGAGACACCUGACUGUAGAUACGAGGACGCCUCGUCCUGACUCUGCUGUGGGAGUUCUGCUCGCUGGUUUGUUAACCUUGCUGUGGUUCACUGUGACGCCUUCAACAACUGAAAGUCUGUUCUUUAUUAGUCUGUGAGCUGAUGUCUGUCAUUAUUAUCCUUUCAUCACAGAAACAAAACAGAUUAUUUUUGAUUCACUGAGCUCUUUGAAGACGCCACGCCGUCUUUUUCCUAAACCUUUACUUAGACUUUUUUUGUAGAUGUAGUGAACAUGUCAACACGUCUGCAGGAUGUUUUACUGUUUUGGUCUUAUACACAUUUUAAUUACUGUAAAACAUCAGUUUAUGGACC